AUGUUUCAUAGUUUCUCUGAAGACACCUCCGUGGUCUCUCUGGAUGCCGAGACGGGAGAUAUCACUUUGACGUCUGACCUCGGUGACCUCACGGAAGACACGCUGCUUAACCUUACGGCUAAAGCGACGGAUCACGGAACGCCAUCGAAAUCUGCCACAGAGAGCGUGGCCUUUGCGAGCUCCUACAACUUUUCCAUUAAAGAGAAUGAACCUGCGGCCACAAAAGUGGGUGUGGUCAAAGCAUUGACAGGAAGUUCACAGGUUACGGUAAGCUACAGCAUGAGGUCGCACGAGGACGUCUUCUCUGUAGAUGCCGAUGGAACCAUCAAAGCUCUCCGAGCGCUGGACAAAGAGAAAGAGGAGUGGUACAUUCUCACUGUGGAAGCUACAGACUCCAGAACUCCCCCGAAUACAGCUGAGACCACGGUCCGUGUUCAGGUGGAGAACUUGAAUGAAGCGCCUGAGUUUACCACUGAGAAAUAUUCAGCAGAAAUAUUCAGCAUCUCCCCCUACAAAUUCCCCAUAGUGAAAGUCCAGGCGUCUGACCCUGAUGUAGGAGAGAGUUCAGAGCUGCAGUACGCCCUGUUGAAGCCCACCACACUUCUGGAUGUGGACCAUCUCACUGGUCAACUCUAUGUGCUGGAUGCAUCUAGUUUUGGAGGCUCUCAGGUCACCUGUGAAGUUAAAGCCGCAGAUAAACACGGACUGUCCACGACUACAACUGUACAGGUCAACAUUAAAGAGACGGCAACUAUCAGCGUCGUGGUGAUCUCUCUUAACCAGCCCGUCUUUACUGUGGAGAAAAAACUACCAGAGAUUCAAGAAUCUCUGAAGAAAGCUCUAGGCUGGACUGUGAAGAUCCUCAGUGUAGCAGCUGAGAGUCAAAAUCAGAUGCUCAGAGAAUCUACCACCAAAACAUACAUCAGAUUUAUCGCCGUGGACAGCAGUGGCGACGUCAUUCCUGCCGAGGAGGUCAAAGAGAGGUUACUCAAGGAACAGGCCGCUGUUACAGCAGAACUGGAGAAGGUGUUUGGUUCUGGCUUGGACAUCAAGCUGGAGGAAGGUUCUGGAAACUCGGGAGAUUCGGGUCAAGCAGCCGUCAUUGCCCUCGGCGUUACCCUGGCAGUCUUCGUCGUGGCUUUUGUAGUGCUGAUGACCGUCUAUGUGGUUAAGUUUAGAAAAGUGAACAAGGAUACAGAUUCAGACAAAGAGAGUUUCAAUAUAGACAAACAAGACCCAUUCAAACACAGAUCCAGCAUAGCUGAAAACUGUAACUACUAUAGAAACCCAGAAGUUGUCAAAACAAAAGAGGAGCAGAAUCAUCACCAGUGGGACGAGAAUCACAGUGAUGAUAGAAAUGAAAGCAGCGUCUCCGCCCUCUAAAAAGUUCAGCUUGUUGUCAUCAGUCAAUAAGAGAAUAGACGUCAUGAGCUUGUGUGUCUUGAACAUGAAUCACAUCUUUGUUUCAACAUUUUUCUAACCUGUGUGUAAUUCAGCUGCUUUGUUCCUUUUGCUACCUGAAAAGCAUUUUGCAAUUAACAGAAAUAUUUUGCACUUUAACUGGAUCAACUGUUCUUGUGCAGCGAAACGUACAACGUUUAAUUUGUGUUUUUGAAGACGUAAAUAUUCAUGAGAAUAAUUCAAUGUAACUUUAUAAAAAAUAAACAACUUUGUAUGCAACUAAGCAUAUCUCACAGGUCAGACCGUGGCUUUCAAGUUUCCAUAUAGUAUUUAUUAAAACCAGUGGAGCGGCAGUGUGUUUGGAAUAAGAUAGUGCCAUACUAAUAAAAUGAUUUAGUAGUUCGCUAGACAAAUUAUGUAGUAUGCAAAUUUAGUUUCGCAAGAAGCAAGUCAUAUAUGGAUGACCAAUGCGAAGUAAAAAUGUGUGGAAGUAUAUAACAAAUGACACUGUAUCCCACAAUUCAAGGGCUUUUAACGUUAACGAAAACUAUUUAAAAAUAAAAUAUUCGCCUAAAUAUUAUUUGGAAACUUAAACUAAAUUAGAAAUGUUGCCUGAAACUUAAAUUUAAGUUUAAGUUGAGGCAUUAAAAUUAUUAACAGAAAAAAGAAAACAAAAAAACUUAUUUAGCAACAUUAAAAUAAAUAAAUAUGGUAAAAAUAAAAUGAUCAAGAAAUCUAAAAAUAGGAAAGUAAAAGCUAUUUCAAAUAAUUAUUCUUAUAAAGUCUUAUUCUUUUCCCAAGACAAUAUUUGAUCAGCUCAUAUAACCAAAUGAAUAAAAAAUUACUUUUCACGAUAACUGCACACUACGCAAUGGUACAAAACGAUGUAGUGCUGUACCUACAAAAAGAAUGUAAGCUAGUACACAA